AGGGUCAAUUAGGAAGCUUUAUUAGUGCCACUUGUGUUAAUUAGCUAGCUACAUGUCAGUGUACAGCUGCAGGUCCAGUGCAUGCAGGUAGCUGCAGUGUCCAGGUGAAUCAUGGCUCUGACUGGGUUUUGUAAUUCUAGGCAACUGUUGGACCGACAUAUGACCGAGGACAGACAAGUGCCGCUGCGGACUUGGGCAAACUCCUGUGUUCUGAGGGAGCGCAAGGUGUUUGCUGAAGGAGAGGAGAUUGGUUCAGGACAGCACUACAAACCUGCACAGGAGAGUCGAUGGGUACAAAGGCUUCCCAUUUCUGCAGAGGAUGGGAUCAUAAUGGACUAUGCUCCCCAGGGUGAACCAACAUCUUCAGAUGUCUAUGAAGAGGAGGCUUUGCAGAAGUAUCUGAACAGGUUGCCAGGUCCACUCAGUUUUCAAGAGCUGAUGCCUGGACUUCUGCGCAGAGAGGUGGAAGUAGCCAUAAGUAAACUCGGCCUUCUCUUCGAUAAGACCUACGCAUGGGACAUCUUUUCAGACAUGAUGAGAAGCCAGAUACUAUGUACUAUCCCAAACACUGACCUGCCUAAGCCUUUCACUGACACCACGAGAGCCAUUUUGGUGGACUGGCUCAUUCAAGUCCAUGAAGUGUUUCAGUUCUCGGAGGAAACGCUUUAUCUGGCAGUGCACUUGUUGAAUCGAGCGCUCCGGCUCAUCAAAGUGUCCAUCUCCGGCCUGCAGUUGUUGGGUGUGGUUUGCCUCUUUCUGGCUGCUAAAAGAGAGGAAUGUCUUUUACCAGAGGUGUCCGAGCUCUGCUAUCUGAUGGAGAACGCCUACAGUAAGAAACAGCUGCUGCGGAUGGAGAGGAGGGUUUUAAUUGGCCUCAAGUUUGACCUCUAUCAUUGUCCACCACUUCAUUUUCUUCUCGUCUCCGCCUCCAUCGCACGCUGCAGCGACAAGGUGGUCUGGAUGGCACGAUACCUGUUGGAGCUGUCGCUUCUUGAGGGUCGUUGUGUGGUGUAUCUGCCCGCUCAGCUGGCUGGUGCUGCCCUCCGUCUGGCCCGCAAGAUUCUCCAGGAAUCUGCUGCUCCUGAGGCAGAAAUGGCCUGGUGCAUCGCCUCUAGUAUCCACAUAGGAAGUGAAGCAGUUCUCAUCAGUAUAAUGCAGAUCAUGGCCAUAGCAGCAGCGAGAGCACAAACCCGUGAGACCCGGGCCACGUUCAUAAAGUUCUCCACCGUACAGACUCUCCAUGUCAGCAUGCACCCUGCCUUGAAGGCGGCCCCUGGCCUACUGGGCCUGUCGUGCCCUCAGACAUGAUGCUCUAUCAACACCAA